AGUUCUAAUUGAGUUGCGCUAGCGAAUGAAUGUUAUUGAAUGUUAAACGCUUGUUCGCGUCGAUUGCUGAUACGAACGCGCGCGCACACAAGAUCAACCGACGCACUCUAACGGCAACGCGUGCCAUUUCCGUAAAGUCCAAAGGCGAGCUUCAAUUCAGUAUAGUUUUACUGACACCGGCGCCGCGAUCUUUACCAACAAUUGUUGUUAUUUAUUAACUCGAAACUUUUCUUCGUGGCCGUCUACCGUUGCCACCUAUGCCGUCGUAGUUGUUGUCAUCGUCGAAUUUGUAGUGACAGACGUCGAAGCGUAAAUUUAGCGAUAAUUACAUUUCAAUUUGUGAUUUUAUUAAAAAAAAUUUGCAUAAUGAUCUCUUAUAUAAAGAAAUGAAUAUUGUACUUACAAACAUACGCAUAACAGUGUGCUUGCGUAAAUAAGUACAGCAGCAACAACAACAGCGCAAGUGGUCUGAAAACAAUACGUAGAUGCAGACAUACAUAUAUAUAUGUGUGUACAGCAACAACACUAACUGAUAAUAAAAAUAUGAAAAGGGAUUAAAAACUAAACUUAAUUUAAGUAGUGAAAUAAAAAGUAUAUAAAAAAUAAUAAUUGAUCGAAAAAUAAAUUGAUAAAAAAAUAGAAGAAGAAAUUGCUAAAAUAAUGCAUUAAAAAUAAAAAUAAACUUUUAUAAACAAUAUGUCAUCAAUUAUGUUAAAUGUGUUAACCUUUAAAAGCCACUUUGAACCAAAAUUAAGGUUAUAAUAUUUUACAUACAACUAAAAUUGCCUAAAUCCAACAGUGCGAAAAUGACUUAGUAGUAUAAACAUAAUUUAUUUAGUGAAAAGAUAGACUUCUCUAACAAUUAACGGUGAAUAUCAAUAUAAAAGAAACCGCCGCAAUAUCCGCUUAAUAGCGGUAAAAUGCUUUAAUCCACGCAAGCGAUACCACAGCACUAUGGGAAUUGAUGGCAGUAUUAUGCAGCGACAUCUGUGCUCCCUAGUCACCCAAACGCUAUUAUUUUUGAUUGUCAGCGCUGUGGCAGUAGCCAACACCACCACCAACAACAACCAAACCGAAUCCGUGUUAAUACCCACCCGCAUACCCAGUCAAACAUUUCCCUUCGUACGAAAGGGUGUGAAGAGUGAAUCGGUGCAAACUUUUAUAGCGCCACGACGAAAUGAUACACCCAGUUAUGCCGAAUAUCACAUUAUACUGUUGGCUAUGCUGCCAACUACCGAACCGGAUACAAAUAAUGAUUGCUUCAUGGCGAAAAUGUUGCCCGCACUCGAGCUCGGUAUUGAUGCGGUGCAGAGAUAUGGUUUUCACGAAGCCUACAUUGAUCUUACGCUCAUAGCACGUGACUCCUUUUGCUCUUCAAUCUAUGGACCAAUCGGUUUUUAUGAAGUGCUAUUGCAACAGCCAAAUUUGAAUGCCAUCUUCGGCCUGCCGUGUGAAUAUGUUUUGGCGCCAAUCUCACGCUAUGCUGGCGCUUAUAGUAUACCCGUUGUAACGACGGGCGGCAGUGCUUCGGCAUUUGGUAAGAAGGCUGGUAAUUUUCCCACCUUGACGCGUUUACAUGGUACACAAGGUAACAAUUUGGGCAAUGCAGUGUUCGCGAUCAUCAAUGAAUUCAAUUGGACACGUACAGCAUUGAUAUAUGAAUCGGAUAAUAUUGAUGAUAAGGGUUAUUCGGUUUGUUUCUUCUGCUCGUAUGUGAUACAUGAUAAGCUAGGUGCCCGUUCGGUUAUGCAGCAGGGAUUCGAUAGGAAUACAUGGAAUGGUACAAAGAUUACGAAUAUGAUGAAGAAACUAUCCAAGGAGGUGCGAAUUGUCAUUAUGUGUGCGGAACCCGAGAAUAUACGCCGAAUUAUGCUGACCGCUGAGGAAUUGAAUAUGAUCGACAGUGGCGAAUAUGUGUUUAUUAAUAUUGAAAUGUUCUCGCACGCUUCACACAUCGCUUGGAAGCCUUGGUAUGACAAAAAUGAUACAAAAGAAAAUAAUGAACGCGCCCGAAAGGCAUAUACAGCUAUACUGACUUUAACGCCAAAACAGCCGGAUGAUGAAGCAUACACUACAGUUUCAAAUAAGAUCAAAACCAUCGCUACGGAGAAAUACAAUUACACAUUCCAGGAAAAUGAGGAUGUCUCAUCCUUUGUAAUAUCUUUCUUCGAUGGUGUAUUGCUCUAUGCCAAAGCCCUCAAUGACAGUAUCCGUGAGGAUCCGACAGUGCUGACACGCCCUAUAAAUGGCACCGAUAUGGUACGACGUAUGUGGGGUCGCAGCUUCAAGGGUAUUACCGGUAAUGUAACUAUCGAUAACAACGGCGAUCGUAUCUCAGCAUAUUCUUUACUGGAUAUGAAUCCGCAUACGGGUAGUUUUGAAAUUGUUGCUGAUUUCAUCCACAACCGCUUAGACUUUGUGCCGGGUAAGGAGAUACAUUGGGCCGGGGGUCGCAAAGAACCGCCACCUAGUACGCCGAUUUGUGGUUACGAUGGCUCACUAUGUCCAGAUAAUUCUCUACCCGGUUAUGCCAUACUUUCGAUCAUACUCGGCGUCGUAGUUGUGCUGAUGACCGUCGGUUUCUUUUUCGGCUAUCGACAUUACAAAUCAGAAGCGGAAAUAAAUUCUAUGACAUGGAAGAUUUCACUUAGUGAUUUAGUUUGUCCGGAUUUGGGAGGUCGCGGUAUACGCGGCUCUUUCCACUCACUUGUGCGGCAUAGCUCGCAAUUGACACUAAUGUCCGAUGAUUUGCGUUCGCUGUGCGGUGAUCGUCAAAUCUUUAUACCAGUCGGUAUGUAUCGUGGUUGUGAAGUGGCCAUUAAGGCUAUCGAAAAUCGACAAAUCAAUUUGACACGUUCGCUAAUGUUGGAACUAAAAAGUAUGAAGGAUCUACAGCAUGACCAUUUGGUAAAAUUCUAUGGCGCGUGCUUGGAUCCGCCGAAGCGUUUCCUACUCACCGAAUACUGUCCGAAGGGCUCACUGCAGGACAUACUGGAGAAUGAACAAUUCCAGCUGGACUGGAUGAUUAAAUUAUCGUUGAUGCAUGAUAUUGUGCGCGGCAUGCAUUUUUUGCACAACUCGGUUAUACGCUCGCAUGGCAAUUUGAAGUCAUCCAAUUGUGUGGUGGAUUCGAGGUUCGUUUUAAAAAUAACCGAUUUUGGUUUGCAUACGCUAAAGCGGGAACGACCAGAAGCAGUGGAAAAUGAUGUGGAAGACUGCAAUAGUCAUGCGUAUUGGAGUAAACUAUUUUGGACAGCGCCUGAAUUAUUGAAAAUUGGCAAUAAUCGUCCACCUGAGGGUACACAAAAGGGUGACGUUUAUUCCUUUGGCAUAAUUGUACAUGAAAUCAGUACAAGGCAAGGUCCAUUUUAUCUGGGCACGACUGAAACAGAAAAAUCACCUAAAGAAAUUAUUCAACUAGUCAGAAGUUAUCCGGAAAAUAUAUCUUCACCAUUUCGUCCGUACAUCGAUGAACAUGACGGAUACCUUGAUAUUAACAACCUCAUGAUCAAGUGCUGGGCUGAGGAUCCGCUUGAUCGUCCCGACUUCAAUGCACUCAAAUCAAUUAUACGUCGAAUCAAUAAAGACAACGAGACCGGAAACAUUGUAGACAACCUGCUUAAACGCAUGGAACUGUAUGCCAAUAAUCUAGAGGAGCUUGUCGAAGAGCGUACACAAGACUACAUUGAGGAGAAGAAGAAAUGCGAGAAGCUGUUGUAUCAGCUUUUGCCGCAGAGCGUUGCAGCGCAGCUUAUCAGCGGACAACCGGUGGUGGCCGAAACCUUCGAUCAAGUCACUAUCUACUUCAGUGAUAUUGUUGGUUUCACCGCCAUCUCAGCUGAGAGUACACCCCUGCAGGUGGUGCAAUUUCUCAACGAUCUCUACACCUGUUUCGAUUCCAUUGUGGAAAAUUUCGAUGUCUACAAAGUGGAAACGAUAGGCGAUGCGUAUAUGGUUGUCUCCGGUCUGCCCAUACGUAAUGGCAAUCAGCAUGCUCGUGAAAUUGCACGUUUAGCAUUAGCGCUACUUGGCGCCGUGCAUAAAUUUAGAAUACAUCAUCGUCCGCAAGAUCAACUUAAGCUACGUAUUGGCUUGCACACGGGCGCUUGCGUAGCUGGCGUUGUGGGUUUAAAGAUGCCGCGCUAUUGUCUCUUUGGUGAUACGGUGAAUACGGCGUCACGCAUGGAAUCGAAUGGCGAAGCGCUACGUAUACACAUUAGUGAGAAUACCAAAUUGGCAUUAGAUGAGUUCGGCACAUUCAUUACCACACAACGUGGUUAUGUACCUAUGAAGGGUAAAGGUGAAAUGCUCACAUAUUGGUUGGAGGGUGAAGUACCAAAACCAGAGUCACCUUCAAUACCGGGACAACAGUUGCUGCACGGACGACGUUCCUCACUCAAACAUCCGCCGCAACGUUAUAGUGUUAUGUUGCAAAAGCAACAUUCCGAGAUCUCAGAGGAUGAACAGCUAACGCCAGCGACAAUAGCUGAACCCAAUAGCAGCGUAAGGAGAACGCCCACUUUGCGUGCUAAGCGCAAAAUCUCGUCAUCAUCACCAAAACUGAAUGGCAACGAAUUUAAACCUGAAGACUUCAAUUACUAUCUAGAUACUGUCAAACAAUAUGACAAAGAGCACAUAGGGAAUGUGGCUAAAGCAACUAAUGGGCUAAAUGGUGACAUUUAUAGCUGCCGUUCAUUACGUGAGCCACGUAAAGACAACAACAACGAGUUGGCCAAUCUACGAUUACCGUUAUCUGGUGCAUUGAAAAAUCACAAUAACAAUUUAGCAUAUAACCAACGCAACAGCUCUACACAUCUAUUGCAAUCUAAUUCGAAUUCCAAUUUAAGCGGCAUUCUACAUCCCACAGCAACACCGUUGGCACGCGUACGCCUGAAGCCAUCACCUACCAUUUCCACAUUGGUAUCAAAUGAACGUUCCGACAAUGACAGCUUACAAGGUGGUCAACGCAUCAAAUUCCAAGUAGACAUUAAAGAUAACGGUCUAAAUGGCAGAUCAGAACCAAAUACUUUAGCACAACUUUUACCUCGACGUCCAUCAGACGUUGAAUCAUAUAAUGACUCAUAUAAUGAAUCAAAUAAAUAUAAGCAUUGUAGUGUUGUGAACGAUGGCGUUGACGAAGACGAAAACGAUACUGACAUGCCAUUAAAUCACUAUCUGAAUAGUAGUAAAGCACACUUGUUUGAAAGCGAAAAUGUAAAUAGUGUUGUAAUCACUAAAAAUGGAUGUGAUAGUGUAUGCAAAAGCAACAAUGAUAGCUGUAAUAAUAUUGUAAAGUCAAAUAAUGUAAAGAAUUUGCAACUUAAUAGCAAAGCUGUGCCGUCUAUGGAUAAUCACUUGGGCGUAAGUGCUGCAGACGCAGUGAAUACGGGUGCAGGUGUGGUGGGUAAUGCUGUAACUGUGACGACAACUACUGUAGGGCGUUUGGCGCAGCCGUUAUUGGGAAAGAUCAAUUCAUAAUUUGGUAUAAAUCAUUAUUUUAGAAACGGAUUUCACUACUGCAGGGCAAAUAUGCAAUUGUGGUGUAACUCAUGUUCACUAAGUGGACGCCUACAUGUGCAUAUGUAUGUAUGUUUAAUUACUGCAAAAAACACAACCACAAUGGCAACACUUUGAAACCGUUGUCAGGUUUACAAGUAUGUAGAUAUGUGAUCACGAAUUUCUCAAGAAUAAAUGAAAUUUACUAAACCAUUGUAUAUAUGUAUAAGGUUGCUUGAAUUUAACUUAUUGUGUGACUCUCGUGGUAAUUAAAAAUAUAUGCACAUUUAAAAUAAUAUUACGGAAAUUCUUGUACUCAGUACUAUUACAAAAAACAAUAUUAUAUUCGCGCGUAAAAAAAGCUAUUUAUAAAUAAUUUAACAUUUCAUAUGUUUGCAAAUUGCUGUUGCGUAGUGUUAUGUGAUAUGUCAACGACAUACUUAAAAUCUAAUAAAAAUAUAAUGUUUUAAAUACAAAUACAAGUACAUUAUAUUCUCGACCAUCACAAAUAGUAUGUAAGUUAAGUUCUUUUUUAGUAUACUAAAAUAUAAAGUAUGUGAAGAUUUCAAGUGUAUUUUUUAAAAUUAUAUUUAUCCAGUGGCUGUUCUCAAAAACUUUAACAAAUAAUUGUAGUAAUAUCUUGAAAAUAUAUUUAAAUUUUAAGUUGUAUUUAUUUUUUUACUUAAUUAUUGAUUAGUAUAUCUAGAAAUACAUAUUUAUGUAUAUACGCAUAUAUGUAAAUAUAUUUUAAAUAUUGUAAAAAAGUGUAGUUUAAUAAAUAAAGAAUCAAAAUAAAUAUUUCAAUCUCAAAUUGAUUAAUUAUU